UCUCGGCGUCUUUCUCCAGUUCUGGCCAGUACACGCUUCCUUAGCAACGGGUUGCCCUUAGCAACAGGAGGACGCGAGCACCCGCUGAGGUCUGAGGCGCUGGACGAACCAUGUCGGACAUCCUAUGCCAGUGGCUCAACCAGGAAUUGAAGGUGUCCCGGACCGUGAGUCCCAAGUCAUUUGCAAAGGCAUUUUCCAGUGGCUAUCUAAUUGGAGAAGUUCUGCACAAGUUUGAACUUCAGGAUGAUUUUUCAGAAUUUUCAGAAAGCAGGGUUUCAGGUGCCAAACUUAAUAAUUUUUCUCGCUUGGAGCCAACACUUCACCUUCUGGGUGUGCAGUUUGAUCAGAAUGUGGCCCAUGGCAUCAUCACAGAAAAGCCUGGGGCAGCAACAAAACUUUUAUAUCAAUUAUACAUUGCUCUUCAGAGAAAGAAGAAAAGUGGGCUAACUGGAAUGGAAAUGCAAACCAUGCAACCCCUGACAAACUUAAACCUUCAAAACAUGAAAAGUGAUGCUUUUCGAGAGAGACUUAAAAACCUGAUACCACGUCAAACUGAUUUCAAUCUGAUGCGGGUUACAUACAGGUUUCAAGAAAAACAUAAACACAUGAAAGAAGAUCUUGCCCGUGUGCAUUCUGAGAAGUUUAAAAGAUUUCAAAAACUCCAGGAAGAACAAAGAUGUUUUAAAAUUGAAAAGCAACGUAUAAGCAGAAGACGGCAAAAUGAAAUAAUGGCCCAAAUCCAAGCAGCUAUCAUACAGAUUCCUAAACCUACGUCAAAUUGUACUUUGAAAGCACUUGAGGCACAAAAAAUGAUGAAAAAGAAAAAAGAGGCAGAGGAUGUGGCCAAUGAAAUUAAGAAGUUUGAAGCAUUAAUAAAAAAGGAUCUCCAGGCAAAAGAAAGUGCAUCCAAGACUUCUUUAGAUACAGCAGGCCAGACAACUACAGAUUUGUUAAACACUUACUCGGAUGAUGACUACAUUAAAAAAAUCCAGAAGCGCCUAGAAGAAGAUGCUUUUGCACGAGAACAAAGGGAGAAAAGACGGAGGAGAUUGUUAAUGGACCAGUUAAUAGCUCAUGAAGCACAAGAGGAGGCCUAUCGGGAGGAGCAGCUGAUUCACCGGCUGAUGCGGCAGUCCCAGCAGGAGCGCAGGAUAGCCGUGCAGCUCAUGCACGUUCGGCAUGAAAAGGAAGUCUUAUGGCAAAACAGAAUUGUCAGAGAAAAACAAUAUGAGGAAAGACGACUUAAAGAAUUCCAGGAUGCUCUUGAUCGAGAAGCGGCUUUGGCAAAACAAGCUAAGAUUGAUUUUAAAGAACAAAUUCUCAGAGAGAAGAAAGUUCAUGAACAGAUUGCUGUGGAAAGAGCUGAAGCUCUUUAUAAAAAGCAUUAUUCAAUAUGUGCAGAGAUUUUGGAUCAAAUACUUGAUUUUUCCACUAAAGUGGCAGACUAUCGAAUGUUGACAAAUAAUAUGAUUCCGUAUAAGCUUAUGCAUGAUUGGAAGGAACUGUUUUUUAAUGGGAAGCCCAUAUACGAACAAGCAUCUAUUAAGCCACUACCUGCUAAACCCUCAGCAGAACAACUUUUAGAACUGGAAAAAAGGGACUUGCUAGAUAGCAAUGAUUAUGAACAAUAUAAGAACAUGGUUGGAGAGUGGGCCUUACCAGAAGAAAUGGUUGAUAAUUUACCACCCUCCAACAAUUGCAUAUUGGGCCAUGUGCUUCACAGACUGUUUGAAAAAUCUCUUCCUCCUCAUCUUGAAUCAACAGCACCUGAAUUUCCUUCCUUUGCUGUUAAAGGAUGCUUAUUGGGGAAAACAUUUAGUGGAAAAACUACCAUUCUAAAAUCUCUACAGAAAGACUUUCCUAUUCAGAUCCUUUCUAUUGACACUCUUGUCCAAGAAGCUAUACAAGCAUUUCAUGACAAUGAAAGAGUCAGUGAGGCCCCUCCAAUUCAGAAAGAAGAUGAAGAAGAGGCUCUACCAGUUGUGCAAGAGGAGAGUCAAGGAAGCCAGGAUCCACAAAAAGUAUUUUCAGCUGGUCCAGUCUCAGACGAAGUAGAUCAAGUACUACCAGAAACAGAAGGUACUGAUACUAAUAAAACACCAAAAGCUGAAGAAGUCGAAUCAAGUGAUAAUGUCUUCAAACUCACUGUGCGUGCUCAGCUUGGUGCAAAAUCAGAACACCUGCUGAAGAAAGGAAAGAGCAUUCCUGACAUGUUGCUAGUUGACAUCAUGGUAAAUGCUAUUAAUGAGAUACCUGUGGAUCAAGGCUGGGUCCUGGAUGGUUUUCCAAUGACAUUAAACCAAGCGCAACUCCUGGAGGAAGCUCUUACCGGCCACAGCAGAAACCUCGUAGAAAUGGAGAGAAAGAAAGCACAGAUAUCCACAUUGGUUGCUGAUCCUUCGACUUCCAAAGAAGUACCUCCUCCCUCUCCUGCAUUUGAUUUUGUUGUAUUAUUAGAUAUUUCAGAUAUUUCCUUACUGAGUCGCAUGAAUGAUGUCAUAGCUGAAGAAUUUUCACAUAAAAUUGCUCACGAAGAUAUCAAUCAACAUGUAGCUGCUGAAAACCAAGAUAUGCAUGGGGACCAGAAUUUGAGAGACCAAAUUCACCAUAGAAUUAUAGGCUUCUUGGACAACUGGCCUUUAUUGGAGCAAUGGUUUUCAGAGCCAGAAAAUAUUUUGAUAAAAAUCAAUGCUGAAGUAGAUAAAGAGUCUUUACACCAAACAGUAAAAGAAAUUUUUAUGACUGAAAUAGUGAAAAAAAAGAAUAAAGUUGAAAAGGAAUUAGAAGAAAAGGAAGCUAAGAAAAAAGCAGCAGCUUCUCUGGCUGAGCCUCCACCUCCUGCUCCUCCUCCCCCUCCUCUUGAACCAGAAAAAGAGAAGGAAAUUCAUCCUCAGCAUAAGCCUUCAAAAACUCCUAUUGCAAAAGGAAAACCACAAUCAGAAACCUCACGUGGUAAGCAAGAAUCUCUUCAGGAAGGAAAAGGGAAGAAAGGUGAAACUUCACUGAAAAGAAAAGGUUCUCCUAAAGGAAAAUCGCCAGGAGGAAAAACACCACUAAAGAAAUCACCUGUCAGCUCUGCAGAUAUAUCACCUACUCCAGUAGUGCCACCACCACCUAAGCCAGGAUCAGAAGAAUGGGUCUAUGUGGAUGAACCAAUUCCUGAGGAACUACCUUCAUUUUUAGUACCUUACUGGGAACUAAUAGAAAAUUCCUAUAUAAAUACCGUCAAAACAGCACUCAGACAUCUGAGAGAAUACCAGAAGACUGUGCUUGCUUACUUACAUGAGAUUAGAAUAAGUUUCCAGGAGUUCCUAAGGCGUCCAGAUUACAAGCAAGAUUUUGUAGCUCAGUGGCAGGCUGAUUUCAACUCUCUUCCUGAUGACCUGUGGGAUGAUGUGGAAACAAAGGCUGAACUACACCAAAGAGUGAAUGAUCUGAGAGACCGCCUGUGGGAUAUUUGUGACACUCAGAAGGCAGAUGCAGAGCGGGAGCGGCUGGACAUCAUCAAUGAGAGCUGGUUACAGGACUCUGUUGGAAUAACAAUCAACCAUUUCUUUUCACUGAUGCAGGCAGAAUUGAACCGUUUCCAAGAUACAAAGAGACUCCUUCAAGAUUAUUACCGGGGGAUGGAAUGCAAAAUCCCAAUAGAUGACAACAAGCGAUUUACUCAAAUCCCAUUGGUCCAGCUGGAUAGUAAAGACAUUUUGGAAAACCAACUUAAAAUUCCUCUAGUUCCUCGAGUAUCCAUUUCUCAAGAAGCAGUUACGUCUAAACCCAAAACAAAAGCAAUACUGAAAGGCAAGAUCGAUUAUUCGCUGGAAAACGUAGAGUUAAACUUCGAGGCAGAUGAGAAGUUGAUAAUGGACACCUGGCAGCAGGCUUCUUUAGCAAUAUCUCACAUGGUGGCUGCUGAAAUUCAUCAGAGGCUUAUGGAAGAAGAAAAAGAAAACCAGCCAGCAGACCCCAAAGAAAAACCUCCUCAGGCGGGUGCAAAUAAAAAAGGCAAAAAGGAACCACCCCCCAAAAAAAAGGCAGACAAAAAACCCAAAGGUAAAUCACCACCUACGGCAGAAGCUGCUCCUGCAAUAGUAACACCAGAAGAAAUUGCCGAAGUUGAAAAGAAAAAUGAACUGAGGCUCAAAAUAAAAGAAGAACAUCUUUCUGCCCUGCAAUUUGAAGAGAAAGCCACACAGUUUCGACUUGAACUGAUAAAGGCAAAAGCAUUGGCUGCCCUUGAAGAUUUAGUAACAAAGGCGGUCAAUGUAUAUAAACUCUUGGAAAAAUGGCUUGGUGAAAGAUACUUGAAUGAAAUGGCCAGCAUAGAAAAGUUAACUGAAGUAGCUCGCUAUCAUAUUGAAACAUCUACAAAAAUUCAGAAUGAACUUUAUUUAAGCCAAGAAGACUUCUUCAUUAAUAGCGAUAUAAAAGUCUUCCCGGAUCCUCCCCCACCAAUACGUCCUCCACCCAUAGAAAAGGAGGAAAAUGGCACCCUGACCAUUGAACAGCUUGACAAUCUUCGAGAUCAGUUCUUAGAUAUGGCACCUAAAGGAGGCAGAAGGUGGCUUCAUGGAUUACAGACAGCCCUCCAGAACUUUCUCAAGGGAUAUCCUGCAAUUGUCCAGCAACUGCAUUCAGCAAGCAAAGGCAAAAGUGACAGCAGUCAACAGAAAGCCAAAGACCUUCUAGAAUCCCUUCUUCAAGCCAACAUUAUUAAAUUUGCCCACUUUUUGGUGGAUGUCAUUAAUGUCCUUAGCAUUCUGUCCCGUGUCAGUCAAAACAGAAAUUCUUCAAUUGCUGACAUAUUUUCCACCUUAGAGUCAACACUGGAAAUGCUCCAAAUAUAUCAAACAAGACCAGGACCAAAAGAACGCAGGGUGGAUUCAGUCACAUCCUUUCAUGGUAACUGCCUCAGAGGAAAAGAAAACAUUUCUGCCAUGAGACUCAUGGUUUUAACACAUCUUAUCAAGAGGCUGGAAGGCUGCUUCAGAGAUGCCAGCCACUAUGUGAUGAGGGCUACCAUGAUUGGAAGCUUUAAGUUGUGGCCCACAAAAAUAAAUCAAGAAUUUGGAGAAAGAGAGGUAUCUAUCCUGCUUGCACAUUAUGAACCAGUAUUAGAAGCUGCCAAUGUGAAACUUGAUGAGGUGGACACUGAAUGGGGCAUGUUGAAAUUCGAGAUUUAUGCCAGAUUUCAGAACAUUCGAAAAUUGACUUGGGAUUUUGUAAAUUCCAUUUAUUUACACAAGUAUCCAAAUAUCCUGACACUAGUUGACCUAGUGCUGACACUUCCUGCAAGUUCAGCUGAAGCAGAACGUGGCUUUAGUCAGAUGAAACGGACCAAGUCACACAUGCAUGCUAAAAUUGAGGAUGAAAGCAUGACGGAUGCCUUGAUCAUUCAUUUGAACUCUCCAGAUAUUAAUAAUUUUGACCCUAGGGAAGCUAUUCAUUUAUGGAAUACAAGAACACUAUCUUCAGCUGGUGACACAAGACCUAAUUCGGAUUGCUCAUCAAACUCAGAUAGCCAUUAUGAAAGUGAUUAGUUAUGUGACAAAUGUUGACAUUGUUAUUGGUCAUAGAAAUAAAAUAAAAUAAAAUAAAUGAUUUUCAAAAACCUAAAAUUUAAAAGUAAAACAGUAACCUGUCUUCACAUCAAACAUAAGAGACAUUUGGCAUCUUCCAAACAUACAAAGUAAAAUUCCAAGAUUGAUUUUCCUGUAACUUUCUGACUCUACUUAUGUAUUCACACAUUCUUUUGCAUUCUUUGGGUAGAGGUAUAUGCUUCUAAACAAUGGUUAUUUUAAUGUCAUCUUUCUGAGAGUUAUCACUGAGGGUAACCACUAUAAUUAUGGUUUGUGUUCUCUUAAGUCGGCAUACAAUUUACUGUUUUUCUGAGAUAAUUCUAAAUGAUAGCUACAUUAGAUAACUAAUCUAGGGCCAGAUUAAAAGAGAGCUUCUCUUGCUAUCCAUGAACAAAAUUUGUAAGAGAAUCUAUUUAUGUUAUUGUAUUAGGUAUGAAAAUCAUAUCACUACAUGCCUUGGCCAUUUAAGUAACAAGGUCAAAUAUUAAAAUAGUUUUCACAUUUCAUACUAAGAGCCUCAGAUAAAAAAUUCUUAUGUAAACUGAAAGUAUUGUCUUAACAACAUUUUGUUUUAUACCAUAGCCAUUAAAGACAGUGGAAACACAUACAACUUUGCAGAAUUUUAAAAUACUUGGAAUAUCCUCAUGGUUUCAAUAGAUUUUAUUUAUGGUUGUAUCUUGAGGAACAUGACUGAUUUAUGUCUAAUCUGUCUGAAAACCAGGAUGGUAUCCUAUAGAGCUCAGUUUACUGAAAAUUCAACUACCUGGAAAAUGUUUUCAUCUCUAUAAAAUUGGUUACUCAGAUUUGAUCCAAAAGGAUACAGAAUUUAUUUCUGAACAGCCAGCUAGAUGGCCUAUUAUAUCAAAGAAAGAAAGAUCCCAUUCUUGCUACCCAGAAAAUUAUCUUCCAAAUAUCAAAAUUGUAUAUUUGCCUUGAAACACUGACAUUCUAAAAGGAUUAUUGCAUUUCCCUAGAGGUUAGAGGAAAUGGUAAACUUCACAUGGACUUUUAGAAAUGCUAAAAACUUAGAUGUAAAAAGAAAACUUUGGGAUACUAUGUCUAUGUUUCACUCUUUUUAUUUCUAAACAAAGAAGAAUAUCUAUGUACUCUGGACCUGAAAUAUACCCAGAUACACAUUAGGAGUCUCUCCUGGCUCUAGAAGGUAUCUCUGCUUUGUGAGUUAGCCAGACAUUUUUUAAGCAUAUUCAUUUAUUUUGUUUUCCUAUUUCUUUUUUGAUGCAUGUGCAUGCAAUUCGAAAGUAGACAUCUCUUUUAGAUAGGGUUAAGUAAAUUAGUGUAUAAGGGGAAAGCAUGUUAAAGGUUAGUAAUCUUAGGGAAUAUUGAGCCAAUUAGAUGAUUAAAUUAGCACUUUCAAUCUAAUAAUUUAACAAUUCAUAUCUCCUUACAUCUACAAAAGCAAAUAUAUUCUGAUCUAAAGGGCAAAAAGAGGAUAAAUAUGUUACCUUGAUUGCAGUGGUGAUCUGUAUGCAUUUAAAACACCUUUAUCUCACAUUUACCAAAAUACAUUAUUCUUGUGCCCCACUGUAUAUAGGAAACCUUAGAGUAAUAUUUUUAAAACUUCAGGCUAUUCUGAGUAAAAGAUCAAAUAAAACUCCAAUUACCAUUUAACAAUUUUUCCCAGUCUGAAAUAAAUUAUUACUAAGCCCAAAAAGGUAUUUUGACUCAGUUGAGAAACAAUAAUGAAAAAGUAUCAGGAAAUUGAUUAUUAUUUUUAUGUUUUCAAGAUGGCUUC